CUAACGGCAGCCUUCAUUACCACGCAACAACAGCAAGAGGGUAAUUGAAAUGGAUUCAUCAGGACCAUCGUGCGGACAACAGAUCUCUUCCAGUGUCUUGCCGCGCCCACUCAUCUAUCUCAUCGUACAAGAGGCUGAGCAAUUUGCCAAAUCUCACUUCGAACGCAUCGGAGAUCCUUCGCACGAUUGGCCUCACGUUCAACGCGUCAGGGAUCUCGCCUUUUGGCUCAGAGGCGCCCGGUCUCUCAAUGACCAAAAUGAGCCCACGCUACGCUGCGACUAUCUCGUCCUCGAGCUCGCGGCCCUCUUCCAUGACCUCGUCGACCCCAAACUCCUGCCUCCCGACGCAGUUCGUUCGCAAGCUGAACCAAGAGAUUUGGCAAGAGCGGUACUCGGUCCCUUUUGGGACGAUUCCAAACAGGGCCAUGCUUGGAUGCUGGACGUAGAGCAGAAGGAUCGCAUCAUCGAAAUCAUUAUCAACAUCGGCUGGAGCAAGGAUCAGAAGCGGCGCAAGCAAGCUCAUGUGGUAUACGACGAGCUGUACAAGGAGGGCGUCUACUGCUGGCCAGAGUUCCGCGCCAUCUCCGAUGCGGAUCGCCUCGAUGCCAUUGGCGCCGUCGGGGUUAUGCGAUGCGCAGCCUACUCGGGCGUGUCAGGACGUCAACUCCUCUCGUCGGUUGCGUGCGUUGAUAGCGCUGUUGAUCACAUCCAUUCGAAGCUGCUGCUCAUUUGGGGCGAUCGCCUCUUCAUGAACAAGGCAAAGGUCGAGGCUGAGCGCCGACAAGAGACUAUGAGAACCUUUCUUCAUCAUCUCGACUGGGAUGCACGGACUGCGCAGUAG